CUUCCACACUCGUCCGUUGUUACUCUUCCUUACAUGUGCGGGUUUCCGUAUCAAGGAAGUUAAAGAAGACACCUUACAAGGUUUCAUUAGAGUUCCCAACAUGUCGCGCUAUGCGGCCCAGAUGUUCGAGUGGGACGAACGGCAGGGCCUGAACAUGAAGGAGUAUUUCCGCCUUUACAAGGACAGGUUCCCCAUGCUAGGGGUCAUACUUGAGGGAUGGUACGGUGACACGCGCUUUGAUUGCUAUGACAACUUGCAGGUGGUUCGGAUCCAUUGCUACUCUUCACAGCCACGGGUGGUGAUCCGCGACUCGAACUCUCCAGACUUCCGGUUCCUCACACUUCCUGUAGACAGUCAGGUCAAGUUCCAGUUAGUCAUGGGCCCGAACAAGUUUGGAAAUAUCAAGACCAUGGACUUCCUCCUCGAUAACCACGAGUUGCCGUUCCUGGUGAAGCUCGCGUGUCACGAAGACCAUCAAUUCAAGAUCGGAACCACCCGAUGUAGCGCGAGCUCGUUCGGAAACCUUCUCAUUACGGAGAAGUAUCUUGAACACUAUUACAUGGUGAACUGCAUAGAUGGAGCAGAUCCAAAGAUGAACCCCAUAGUGAACCUCAUUUACUUGACAGAAAACCUGUCGAUGGCCCCUGUCACAGGCCUAAAGAACCGUCCUAAGGAAAACUUUGAAGCGUAUAUGGGCAAACUGGACCAAGAGGCGGCGGGAAUCGUGUAUGACAGAAAAAUGGGAAACCCAGAUUUCGCUGAGUACGAUACUCGCAAGAUUGACCGUAUGACAGGCGAUGGAGGCAUACCUACUAUUGACCCACCGGCCAUUCCCGGUCAGAUUUUGGAAGAGGAUGGAGACUAUAAUGAGAUUCCACCUGAGCUGCCUGCCAGAUCAAAACCCCAGUUAGAACCACAAUCAUUGGCAACACAAGAUCCGGCACACAAAGAUCCGGCCCAUAAAGCUCCGACACAGAAAGAUCUGACACAUAAAGAUCCGACACAUAAAGAUCCGAAAAAUAAAGAUCCGAAACAUAAAGAUCCGAAUCAUAAAGAUCUAAAACAUAAAGAACCAAAACAUAAAGAUAAACCGGUUUUAGCAAAGGCGGAGAAAAAACCCGCGCCUGUGUGCGCUAAGAAACCAAAACCUCCUCCGGCAGUACAGUCACCUCUUGCCGUUGCGUUGAAUGUAAGCGACGAAAAGAACCCGGAUCUUCCGGCUCGCAGGCCUCUACCGCCGCCGAGCAACGCGCCCCUGCGCAAACAAGGGGCGGCACCGUAUGUCAACACGUCCGUUGGCCGUGCUACAGUACGUCCAUUCCCGAAAUAUAAUAUGGAGCCGGCAGUACAUGACGCCACUGAUGAUUCUGAUUCUUACGAACUAGUGGGGACGGCAGAUGCAGUGUACUCAGAACCUUAUGGUGACGUAAUACCUGUCUCGAAGGAAAGUGAAAACAAAAGUCAUAUUUCGGAUGGAAAUUAUGUGAAACUUGGUAUAUCAGCGGUGACGCCUUCUUCUUACCUGAUGACAAAGAUAUUGAAUACAGAUCAAAACACUAAGCCAACAAACAUGGAAAAAAUUAAAACUUUGACAAUGAAUGAAAUAGGCGACAUUUUAAGGCUUUUGAAACUCGACGAAUACGUAGAAACAUUUCAGGAUAACCAAGUGGACGGUGCAAUUUUGACGAGUCUCGAACGUGAUGAUUUGGUGAACGAGUUGGGGAUGAAGAAACUGCAUGCGGCGAGACUAUUUAUGUACAUGUCUGAGGGACACAUCCCAAAGUGAUUUCAUUCCUGCAUAUGCGUUUCGUGCGUGAUUCACAUUACGCGGAAUGCAAAUAUAUGCAACUUACUCAAUACCCAGUUUAUAAUUUAAAUCGUUCGGCCUACAGCCAUUAUUUAAAUGAAAGUGAAGACUAUGUACACAGAACAUAGAAAACAUGUAUUGUUGUAUUGCAUCAUUUUGUUACUUAUUGUCAUAUGCAUAUGUUUAAAUGGCGUACAAUAUGCAAGGCACGAAAAAACUUUGUGUUCUUAAUUUGAGUCUUUCAUGAAACAUGCUGUCCAUUAUAAGAGAGUUUAAAUUUAAUACAGUUGAAUGCAUCGGAAGUUUUAUCGUGCAUGCUCGGUACGACAAGGUACUUAGAUUGCACUUAUACUGGUUUGAGUUGUUAACAAACUUUAAUUGGACUGAUGUUGGUGGCUUUGUUAUUGUUUCAUGCAGUGUUAGUGAUACGUUGUAAUAUGUUGUAAUAUGUCGUCCGUGCUAUUUGAUUCACCACUUAUCCUAAGUAUUUGAAAAUGUUUUCGUCUCAAACAUUAUAAUAAACCAGUUUUAUUUUAUGUGCAUGUACACGUUAAUCGUUAACAUAGUGUGUGGUGCUGAUUGUGACAAAUUAUUAUUAUCAAACGUGUUCCAGAAGGUUCGCGAAAUAUCUACUUCAUAUAUUGUUAUUACGCCAUGUAACUAAUAGCUUUCGUUAUCGCUUCACAAUUCGCUUGUUAUGUGGUAAAAUUAAAUAUAAAAUUGUAUUGAACUACUGCAUGUGCCAUACAUUUAAACAUAAACCAUUAUUGAUAUCGGUAUCAGAUUAAUAUCGACAAGAUAGUCUCAGCUGACCUCGGUUUCUAUACAGAACCUAUUGCUAAGCAUAAUGCUCAUGGUGUUAUGGGUACUUAAUUAUGUUUUUUGUUUGUUUUCAAAAAUGACAAGGGAUGAAUAAUUUCGCGUUGGUUAUAUGCGUUAUAACAUGCACGGCAAGCAAUUCGGGAUUUAUUGAUGACGUACAUCGAGAGCUAGAUAUUAUAUACAGAUUUUUUUCUUGAAGCGUAUUGGAAGGUAAAUAGUGUUUUCAUCAUCGUUAGAUAUCAUAGGUUCGGGUCUUAUCGAUUGAGCAUGAUUUGUUGGAGAUCGGACAGAUAUUUACAAAUCAUUCACUUUUUUAAAGUUAUGAGUCAUUUAUUGAAAAUAACUUAAUAUUAAAUAGUUCACUAGGGCUGUUUUUAAUUAUGUUUGCACCGUAGUAUGAAUUUGUAUGACAUUUUGUUUUGAUUUAUAUUAUAAUUUAAAUUCUGGACAAAGUACUGUGUUUUUACUAUUAUUGUAAAACAAUAUUAUAAUAUUAUAACGUGGUGAUGUACAUACACUUUAACAUUCAAAAAUGGAUUCAAACGAAAUAAAUAGAAAAAGAGAUUUACAUCAACUCUCAAUAACAUUCGGGCGGGGUGUGGGCAUGUAUAUACGUCUGCUGAAUGUGUUAAAGUGAGGUUAAAUUGUCGAAAAUGA